CUGAAUAGGAGACAGGCUUACUAUUUAUAACCCCCAAAUCUAAGCCCCCUCCUCAUAAAAAAAACACAAAUCCACAAAUCCAAAUCCGAAUCCAAAAAAAAUGCACAAGGCGUCCUCCUCCUCCUUCCUCGGCCCCGACGGCCUCGACCUCUCCAACUCCUUCUUCACCCCAAUCUCCGGCACCGCCCCCGCCACCUCCCCCCGCCGCAACACCAAGAUCACCGUGGUCGGCGUGGGCAACGUCGGCAUGGCCAUCGCCCAGACCAUCAUCACCCAGGACCUCGCCGACGAGCUCACCCUCGUCGACGCCAACUCCGACAAGCUCAGCGGCGAGGUCCUCGACCUCCAGCACGCCGCCGCCUUCCUCCCCCGCGUCAAGAUCAACGCCUCCCUCGACUACACCGCCACCGCCGACUCCGACCUCUGCAUCGUCACCGCCGGCGCCAGGCAGAACCCCGGCGAGACCAGGCUCAAUCUGCUCCAGCGCAAUGUCGCGCUCUUCAGGCACAUCGUGCCGCCGCUCGCCAAAUUCUCGCCGGAUUCGAUUAUUCUGGUGGUUUCUAACCCCGUCGAUGUGCUCACCUAUGUGGCGUGGAAGCUUUCUGGGUUUCCGGCGAAUCGGGUUCUCGGGUCGGGUACCAAUCUGGAUUCGUCGCGGUUUCGGUUUCUGAUCGCCGAUCACCUUGAUGUCAAUGCGCAGGAUGUGCAGGCCUACAUCGUUGGGGAGCAUGGUGAUAGUUCAGUUGCACUGUGGUCAAGCAUCAGCGUGGGAGGCGUACCGGUUCUAAGCUUUCUAGAUAGACAACAAAUUCCCUACGAGAAGAAAACGCUUGAAAACAUACACAAAGAGGUUGUGCAAGGUGCCUACGAGGUCAUACGUUUGAAGGGCUACACUUCUUGGGCAAUAGGCUACUCAGUUGCAAGCUUGGCUCGUACGUUAUUGAGGAACCAGAGAAGGAUUCAUCCCGUCACUAUUCUUGCAAAGGGUUUCUACGGUAUCAAUGGAGGUGAUGUGUUCCUCAGCCUUCCAGCUCAGCUUGGCCGGAGGGGUGUCUUGGGCGUCACCAACGUGCAUCUUACUGAUGAGGAGGUAGAGAAACUCAGGAACUCGGCUAAGACCAUUCUUGAUGUCCAGAGCCAGUUGGGGUUAAAAUGAAUGAAUCAUGUUUUGAUGUUUUAAUUUCAUUGUUGUAAUGUUUCUAUCUAUGUACUUGACCUUAGAGAGUAUUAUGAAUGCUGUUUUAUUUUGCAUA